ACAAAAGUGACGUAACAGGGUGCAGCCAAUGAGCUCCUUACAGUGCAGCGCCGAGCGCGCGAAGUGAGCGGGCGGGUCGCGCUGAGAUGAACUGAAGUGAGGCGGCAUCAUGGCAACGGACACACGGGUUGAGAAAUCAAGAAAAAUCAUGAAUGACUCAGAUUGCCCUGUAGAGGCCAAGGAAGAACUCUUGUGCGAAUAUGAGAAUAUUUGGAGGGAGAUGGAAAAGCAUCAGAACAAACUAACACUUAUAACAGGAGAACCAGUGGGAGAAUCAGAUGCCAAGGUUUCUUUGUUGCAAAUGCAGGCUGUAAGAGCAGAGUGCAAUCAGUGGCAAAAAAGAAAUCCUGAAAUAUUGUCUACUAAUCCAGAGAUACUGCUGUUUUUAGGAGAUGAAGAGUUGCAGAAGAUAAAGGAAGAACUUGAAGCGGUGCUGUCAGCAGUUCAGUGUAAGAAUGAAAAGCUAAAAGAAGAUCUGGAAAGAGAAGAGCAGUGGCAUGAAGAACAGGUGGAAAUACUAAACACUAUUGAAGAAAUUGGAGAAGAAAUGAAAAAACAAAAAGUUGUAACAGAUUCUGAAAAAAGAGUAUAUCAAGAACUGAAAAACCAAGCGUUGGAGUUGAAGGAAUUUAAGAAAAAACUCAUUAAAGUUUUGGAUGAGCUCCUAGAAGAACAUUUUCCCUUUCGAGAGAAAAAUGGAAACGAUAAAAAGAAGAGGUACUUCAAAGAGCCAUCUGAACGUGAGAUAACGAUUCAUGAAAUUUUAGAGACUCUCUUGAAUCAAUUAAUAUCCGCACCACACGAACCCUACGUAACAGUUGAUGGCUCAUUUUGGCCACCUUAUCUGGAGCUGCUGCUGCGAAGUGGGAUUGUCCUGAGACACCCAGAAGAUCCAAGCAGGAUACGUCUGGAAGCCUUUCACGAGUAGUGUGAUCUACCCAUUAACUUUUAAAACAAGUUGCUAGUACUUAUAGGAAGCCAUCCUUAUCUGCUGAAAACUGCUGGGAAAAGGCUCAGUGGUUGUUCCAUAUGGGAACUAAACAGCUCUUUGAGGAUGAAGGGGGCUGUUUAUAUACUUAAAAAUCUGAUCUAAGUGCAUUAAAUUUUACCUACUUAAUUGCUUUUUAUAUAUUGUUAUAAAUCUGGUUAGGUGCUGCCCAGAAGCAUUUGUCUGUUUUAUAACUGCUUGCUCACAUGCCCUCCAUUCAGACACUGUAAUGUCUGGCUUUUAUUUGCGUUCAGUUGUUAAGUGUUAUUUUUGUAAUCCUUUUAUAUUCAGGGCUUUCUAGAGUGGUUUUUAAAUAUUUUGUAUUUUACUAAUAUAAAAUCUAUUGAGGUGGGAAUUACUUUUAAAAGUCGUCAAUCUCAGGUUCUUCAUUGAUCUGUGACAGUGUAAAUUCAAGAAUAAAAAAUACCAUUGUGUAGCUUGUA